AUGGAGGACAUAGCGGGGUUGAACUGGAGUUCGACCCCGGCCAGCGGACAGAACUCGAAACCAGCGCCUGCGACAUCCAACUUCCCUGCCUUCAACACAUUGAAACCCACUCCUCCGACUUCAGGAAGAGCCUCUCCAUUCAAUGCCACUUCGAUCCAGCCUCCCUCCAAGCCCUCUACCCCCGCAAACGACAGCUUCGCGAACCUCGUGUCUUUCGGCCCUACACCGCAGAAGAAUCUCUCAUUGUCGGAACAACACAGGAUUCAGGCGGAGGCCAAGCUACAGCAGCAGAAAUCUCAGACUCAGAGACUGAAAGAUCAGUAUGCUGGCGGAGACGAUCAAUUUUGGAACAAUCUAGGCAGUGGAAGAGGGACGCCGGCGAUUGAUAACGCGAAGAAUCAGACCACAAACAAGAAGAAUAACGAGUUAGACGACACUGAUGACGAUCUAUUUGCUGCUUUUAAUAAACCAACUGCUGCGAAGAAUGGCCCUAUUACUGCAUCUGUACAGAAAAGGCCUGUGAAUAUUGAUGACAAUGAUGACCCUUUCGGACUCUCAGCACUUCCCCCCAGACGGGCAGAUACCGCCGCCACUGUGAGCACCAUUGCCGAUGACGACGACGACGUGCUUGGACUCCUAGGAAAGCCUGCAUCUGCUGCCAGGCAAAAAUCUCCCCCACUCACAAUGGAAAGGUCGACUGCGGAGCUUCAUCCGCAAGAUAAAGCAGUUGCCGAACUGGUUGAUAUGGGCUUUCCAGCGGAUAAGGCAAAAGUUGCUCUAGAGGCUACGGAGUCGGGACUUGAUAUCCAAGCCGCCGUGGGCUAUCUAUUAAACCAAGCUCACGCCGAAGCGCAAAAAAAAGCUCAAUCAAGAACUGCGUCCGGGCAGAGAGGCGAUCCGGAGACUGGCAGGAUGAAAUCCCGGAACGAAGGGCACACAUCAAGGACGAGGCCGCUGUGGGAAGACGGGGAAGGCUCCCGCAAUCGUUCCAAAGGCUCCACUCACAAUGGAGAUAAAGAUUUUGAACAGCUUGCAACAGAAUUCGGCAGUAGUUUCUUGAAAACGGCCAACUCUCUAUGGAAGCAAGGUACGAAACGAGUUCAGCAGGCUGUCCAGGAAUUCAAUGCCGAUGGUGAGGCGGGUGGCCAGCCCCGUUGGAUGCGGGAAGUGGCAGAGCGACCGACCAGAAAAGAACAGCCGCAACGGCAGCCGGAAAUCGAGACAGGGCGUGGUAGAAGCAGACCUAGUUCAGAAGCUCGCGGCCAAGCAAACAUGACAGAUGAGGCCAUGAUGUUGGAAUCCAACAGACCAACACCUGUACCACGACCUUCCCCUUCGACCAGGCCGGCUCGACCUUUUGACACGAGUGCCGAGAACUCUCGCGACCACUCACCGAUUAUAAAUUCACGAUUGCGGGAAUCACUCCCUCAAACACAGCCGGCGUUUCUACGACAGCAAAAUCAGUCCCCUGCCACAAAUUCGAGAGCCAGUUUAAGCCGCGCUGCCGCCGACGAACAGGCUGCUCAAGCGUAUGUCAGUUCAGCUCGACGCCGAAAACAACAACCUCAACCUGUUCAAGAAGCGCCGCCAGGUGUUGUUGCAGAACCGAAUCUGCUUGAAGGCGGGUUUAAAGACACUUCUCCAGCCCUUCCGCGUCCAGCGGCAGCCAAUGCUGGAAUGAGCAAACCUGUCCCUCGUCCUCAUUCACAACCAGUCAAGCAGCGGAUCGACCCACCCCCAGUUCAGGUCCGGCCUCCCCCUCCCGCUCGUACUAUCCCCUCCAUCUCAGGCAUCGCACUCCAAGCCAGUCACUCCCACCGUGAGAAGGGCAACGAACACUUCAAGCGUGGGGACUAUGCUUCGGCGCACCAGUCUUACGCGACUUCCUUGUCGCACUUGCCCGAUGCUCAUCCGCUUACCAUAGUGCUUUUGACAAACCGUGCUCUUACGGCGUUGAAGAUAGGCGAGCCAAAACAAGCCAUUGUCGAUGCCGACAAGGCCAUAAUGAUCAUAGGUCCAUCGAAGGGCGAGAAUGAGAUCAUAGAGAUCUCCAGUUCGACCGACACCGGGAAUAAGCCGAUGCGCGAGUACUACGGCAAAGCACUCAUGCGCAAAGCCGAAGCACUGGAACAGAUGGAGAAAUGGUCCGACGCCGCUGUCGUCUGGAAGGAGGCUGUGGAAGGAGGCCACGGCGGUGCGACGAGUAUCCAGGGUCGAAUGAGGGCGGAGAAGGCAGCAAACCCACAGAAACCAAAAAGUGCAUCUGCCUCGACAGCUGCUGCAACGAGGAACUCUGGUUCAGCUUCAACACCACCCUCGUCGACCCUGCGCCGAGCGCCGCCCGUUGCGGCGUCUACCAGCCUCAAGCCAGCGGAGGCUGUUUCUCGUCUUCGUGCUGCGAACCUCGCCGCAGACAAGCUCGACGAUGAGAAAUUCCGUCUCUCUGAGUCUGUCGAUGCGCGCAUCAACGCCUGGAAAUCCGGCAAGCAGGACAAUCUCCGUGCCUUGCUGGGUUCUCUGGACGCUGUUCUCUGGGAAGGCAGCGGGUGGAAGAAGAUAAGCAUGGCCGACUUGGUCCUCCCGGGCAAAGUCAAGGUGCAGUAUAUGAAGGGGAUUGGUAAGGUGCAUCCUGACAAGAUUCCCACCGACGCCACCACCGAGCAGCGAAUGAUCGCUGGAGCUGUCUUCAGUGCGUUGAAUGACGCCUGGGACAAAUUCAAGGCCGAGAAUGGCUUAUAG